AUGGAGUUAGAUGAAAAUGAAAUUUUAUUGAGUAGACCACGUGGAAUGGCUGCUCUUUCAAAAGUAUAUCAACAGCUUGAACCUACUUAUGAACAUCAUCACAAUGAUGAUAGAGAAAGAGAAAAAGGAAGAGAUUUUCAUACUUCAUCAUCAUCAUCAUCAUCAUCAUUCAGAGGUGGAAGAGGAAGAGGAAGAGGAAAAGGAAGUGGAAGUAGAGGUGAAGGUGGAAGUGAAGGUAGAAGUGAAACUGGAUUUGGAAGAGGUGGUGGACGAGGAGGUGGAAGAGGAGGAAUGGGAUCCGGUGGAUAUCGUCGAAAAGAAACAUUGGAGACAUCCAUUGAUCUCUCUAAAGAUAGAUUAACCCAAAAUAAAAACAAUAGAACAACAGUAGAUGAGAAUGAAAGAUCGACUCAUUAUAAUAGUAGAAAUAAUUUUAGUAGUAGCAAUAGUCAGCAAAAGGAGAAUUCAUCCUAUUCUAAUCCAAAAACAACAGAACCUUCGAAACUUCAAAAAGAUAUUCAUUUCAGGAAAUGGGAUGUAGAAACAGUAGCGAAAUGGCUAGAAGAAAUCGGUCUUGGAGGUUACUCUGAUUUCUUUGAGGAACAAGAGAUCACAGGUGAUGUUUUAAUUCACUUGGAAAGAACAGAUCUUACGCAUAUGAAACUUUCAGAACACAGUAUAGAGGUAUUUGAAAAGAAAGUGUCAAAAUUGAAAAGUCUACUGCCCUGA